UGCAAGACCUUCAAAUACUCCCCAUCACAGCGGAUAACAACUCCGCAUUUUCUUCUACUGGGAUCAACACGUACGAAAGCCUACAGAGACAAUAGUGAGAGAGAGAGAGGGGGAGGGUUUUUUUAGAGAGAUAAAGAUGAAGAUCACGGCACUUCUGGUUUUGAAAUGCAAUCCGGAUGGAUCCGACGCGAUAAUCCUGGCGAACGCAUCCGAUGUCGGCCAUUUCGGGUACUUUCAGAGAUCCAGCGUCAAGGAAUUUAUCGUUUUCGUGGGUCGGACAGUUGCCAAAAGGACUCCUCCCUCUCAACGCCAAUCCGUCCAACACGAAGAAUAUAAAGUGCAUUCUUACAACAGAAAUGGUCUUUGUGCACUGGGUUUUAUGGAUGACCACUAUCCUGUUCGAAGCGCAUUUUCCUUGCUCAACCAGGUGAUAGAUGAGUAUCAGAAGAAUUUUGGUGAUUCGUGGAGGACUGUACAAGCAGAUAACACUCAACCAUGGCCCUAUUUGAAUGAAGCACUAGCCAAAUUUCAGGAUCCUGCAGAGGCUGAUAAGUUGUUGAAAAUUCAGAGAGAGUUGGAUGAAACUAAAAUUAUUCUUCAUAAGACUAUUGAUAGUGUCCUUGCACGAGGUGAGAAGCUGGACAGUUUAGUUGAGAAAAGUUCAGAUCUCAGCACAGCAUCACAGAUGUUCUACAAGCAGGCGAAGAAAACCAAUCAGUGCUGUAGUAUAUUGUAAGCUUUCAAAAGCAAAGGUGCUCUACCGUAAUGGCCCUCACAUCACGUGGUCUAGUAUCGAAGAAGAUGGAUGACAAAAUGGUGACUCUGUAAUCUGUCUGUUUAUACCAAUUAUCGAUUGUUUGCUUGGCAGAAUUCUGUUGAUUUUUUUUUGUUAUUGUAUUUUGUUUUCUGGAUUACAAAAAAAGGAAAUGGGGAAACAGCUGAUACUGGUGUUGGUUCUUUGCUUAUAUUAUAGAUUAAACAGUAUCAAUA